UUUUAUAUUUACUCUUUGCACUUGCUGGCACAAACUGUCCCUUUUUUUGGAUGUUUUGUCAGGAAUGUUCAUGUGUGCUUGUGUUACAUGUGACUGGACACAUAUGAAGUAACAACACUGGGAAUGGAAGCAGGAACAGCACACUAUCAUGGCAGAGCUAGACAUGUCAAACGGAGGCUAUGAUGUGGAACUGUUUGUGGACGCCCCAGACUAUGACCUGAUCUGCACGAUAUGUCAGGGCGUCCUCAGGUGUCCAGUAAGAGCUGCAUGCCACCACAUCUUCUGCAAGAAAUGUAUCCUGCAGUGGCUGAAGAGACAGGAGACGUGCCCUUGCUGCAGAAAGUCUGUUAACCAGAGCUUGAUCUUUAUCAUGUUUAAACUGAGCAAAUCUAUCGGACGCAUGAAAAUCAAGUGUAAGAACGAGAUCCUUGGCUGUGCAGAGACGUUCCCACUGUCGGAGCAGGACGGUCACAGCAUGAGAUGUCUGUAUGAGCUCAUCCUGUGUCCUCACCAGGGCUGCCGGGCGCAGCUGCUCCACAGGGACCUGGAGACCCACAGCCAGCACUGCGAACACUGGCGCCAGCCAUGUCAAAUGGGAUGUGGGACAAUCUUGUCCCAGCUCACUCGGGUUCAACACAACUGCUACAAGCAGCUGAGGCAGGAGUAUGAAGCCAGGCAGAGGAGCCACAGGGCAAUUGCUGCCGCCCUGCAGAGGAAGAUGAGGAGGAUGCAGAGCACCAUGGCCCACAUGAAGAGGCAGAUCGGGCUGAUCUGUGAGAGCCUGGAGGUGAUGGACGACCUGCCUGAGGUUGAAGAGGAAGAGUUUGGAGGAAGCAGCGGCAGGGGGACUGGAACCAGCAACAACAGCAACUGUUGAUGGAUGAAGAAAGUCUGUGGCUGACAAGUGAAUUUGCUAGAAUUUAUCUGAAAGUGGGUAUUUUAUGAUUUGGUGUGUACAUUAUAAAAAUUAAUUUCAAUUGUAAAGUAGAAUUUGCUGAUGUUCAAUUAAUUUUAGAUAUAAAAUACUG